AUGUUGCCCAGCGUUCUUCUUGGCGUUGCCACAUUCGGCACAGCCGCCUCAGCCUUUUCACUUCCUGCCAACCUCAAGACAAUCUACAACAACCACAAGUCGGGAACAUGCUCCAACAAACUCUCGGGAACAUUUAGCGGCGGAGCAGUCUACUGUGGUGAUAUUUCAGGUGCCAUCUUCCUCAAAGGAAGCUCAGGAAACUACGACAACAUGGAUAUUGACUGUGAUGGCGCCAAUAACUCGGCUGGUGCUUGUGCUAAUGACCCCAGUGGUCAAAGCGAGACUGCUUUCAAGGAUACUGUCCAGACAUUUGGCAUUUCCGAUCUUGAUGCCAACAUUCACCCAUAUGUUGUCUUUGGCAACGAGGGUGGUAGCCCCUCUUUCAACCCUCAGCCUAGCAUGAAGCCUCUUAGUGUCAUGGCUGUUGUAUGCAAUAACCAAGUCUUCUAUGGCAUUUGGGGUGACACCAACGGCGGUACCUCGACUGGAGAGGCUUCACUUGCUCUUGGCAAGCUCUGCUUCCCCAACGAUGGUCUGAGCGGCGAUAACGGUCACGAUCCCAAGGACGUCCUGUUCAUCGGGUUUACUGGUUCUGGUGCAGUGCCCGGCAAGAGUGGUGCGAACUGGGCGGCCAAGAACACCAAUGACUUUGAGAACAGCAUCAAGGCUCUUGGAGAUAAGCUUGUUGCUGGGCUCAAGGCUUAA